AUGCGUGUUUUGGAUAUUGCAUAUCUGGGGCUAGCUGCCCUCGGGCUUGCCCGUGCCUGUGAAACUGAUGAAGAUUGCAGCCUCAAUGGCGUCUGCAUUGACGGCCCUGAUGGUCCUAAGAAUAGUGAUCACCCAGGGAUACUAAGCAGAAUAUGCAAAUGUGAUCCCGGUUGGUUUGGUGAAGACUGUGGCAGACUGGAUCUCGCUCCGGCGACUCGAUAUACAGGUUACAACUACACAAACGUUACCGACCCAAGCUACUACGGAACAUAUGGCAACUCCUCCUGGGGUGGAGAGAUUUUACAAGAUCCAGAUGAUCCUACCCUAUUCCAUCUAUUUGCCUCUCAGUUCAGCUACGGCUGUGGGCUCAGUGGCUGGAGACCACAUUCUUUCAUAAUGAGAGCGGAGUCUCGGAAUGGACCGCAGGGCCCAUACCAUUUCGCCGAGACGGUGGCUCCGGCUUUUCGCCAUAAUCCUUAUGUGUUCUUCAGUCCAGCGGAUAAUAAGUAUCUUUUAUAUACCAUCGGCGUUGAUGCACCAAAGCCAGAGAAAUGCCAAAGCAUCUCGAACACACGGUGGCCAAACAACAUCUCCGUCGCCAGUUCUGAUAGCAUCCGAGGUCCUUGGACCCCAUUUAAAAUGAUUCUUAACUCCAAAGACCCGCAAUCAACCAACCCUGCCCCGUGGCCACUUUGGUUCCCAGAAAACCCAACCAGCCAAAUUAUAAUGGGAGUCGAAGGAAAUGCAAUCUUCAUCGCCGACACAUGGGACGGCGAAUACAAAUUGAUGUACACGCAGAAAUGGAACACAACCAACUACAGCCCCACAUGGACUGAAGACCCGUUUUUCUGGCGCGACAAGCGGGGAAACUGGCACACGCUGACGCACUGGAUGAUCGAUAUUGUUGAACAUGAUGGGCAGAAAUGGCCCCGUGUGGGGGCCCAUAUGUACGCGCGCAACUUGACUGGACCUUGGUAUUUCAAGUUAUAUGAGGCUUUUAACUCUACUGUUGCGUUUACUGAUGGGUCGGUUGAGACCCUGAAGCGCCGUGAGAGACCGAAGAUUUUUUUUAGUGACGAUGGUGAGAUGACACCGCUUUAUUUGAUCAAUGGGGUGCAGAGCAUGAAUGAGAGUUCGCGCAGUUAUACUCUUAUCCAACCGAUUGGAACGAAGUGGAAGCAGUAUGAGAAAGACCUUGGCUUUUAUAGUGAUUUACGAUAUCGGUAUCUGAGCAAUGACGGGCAUCCUGGCCCGAUAGGGGACGAUUUCGAUAAAGAGCGUACCUGA